UUCGCAAUGGCGAGGAAGCGAGGAACGUCCCUCUUAGUCCUCUUUCUGCCCAGGGACCCACAGAGUACGCGGCGGCUCAGGCGGUCGACUUUGAAUCGACCUUCCGCAUGUUUGUGACCCCGGCGGUGGAAAGGAUCGUCCUGGAGAACACCAACCUGGAGGGCUCUCGAUAGCUCGGGAGCGCCUGGAAGGGCAUGGACGAGGUCGACCUGCGAGCCUACUUGGGCCUCCUGAUUUUGUCCGGCGUCUACAGGUCCCGAGGGGAGGCCGUGGCCAGCCUGUGGGACGCCGAGAGCGGCAGGGCCAUUUUUCGCGCCACGAUGUCGCUCAAGGUGUUUCACGCUUACUCGAAGCUGUUGCGUUUCGAAGAUCGCCAAACUAGACCCGCCAGGCGAGCGACGGACAAACUGGCAGCCGUGAGAGAGGUCUGGGACGCGUGGGUGGAGCGGCUGCCCAGCCUCUACGACCCGGGUCCUAACGUGACGGUGGACGAGCAACUGGUACCUUUCAGAGGUCGUUGCUCUUUCAGACAGUACAUGCCUAGCAAGCCAGCAAAAUACGGCCUCAAGUUUUGGGUGGCGUGCGACGCCAAGUCCAGCUACGCUUGGAAGAUGCAGCUUUACACAGGCAAGCCAGGAGGAGGAGGAGGAGGAGAAAAGAGAGCUUCUGAAAAAAAGCAGGGCCAGCGGGUCGUGCUGGACGUCACAGAAGGGCUCGCCGGGCCUCGCAACGUGACGUGCGACAACUUUUUCACUUCCUACGAACUGGGCCAGCGGCUCCUGCGCAGGGAGCUCACCAUGCUCGGUACGGUUCGCAAGAACAAGCCGGAAUUGCCGCCGGCGCUCCUCUCGGUCAAGGGCAGGAGCGCCUUCUCCUCCGCGUUUGCCUUCACUCCCAGCACCGUCCUGGUGUCCUACGUGCCCAAGAAAAACAAAAACGUGAUCCUGAUGAGCACGCUACACUCGGCCGCCACGGCCGCCGAAGAUGUCCUCCUCGUCGACGCAGGACGGCGGGACAAAAAGCCCUUUGCCGUCCUAGACUACAACGCCACCAAGGGAGGAGUAGACAACCUGGACAAGGUGAUAGGAACCUACAGCUGCAGGAGAAAGACGGCGCGCUGGCCCGUGGCGGUGUUUCACAACGUCCUAGACGUGUCUUGCUACAACGCUUUCGUCGUGUGGCGGGAGGCCCACCCGGACUGGAUGCCCGGCAACCGCAGCAAGAGGAGGGUGUUUCUAGAGCAGCUGGGCAAGGCGCUCGUGACCCCUCUCAUCCGCAGAAGGCGCCAUCCGCCUCGCGGCGAAGCGUCCGCCUCGCUCGUGCGGACGCUUCAGAAGGGGGUUCGGGGUGCGGGUCCUCCUCCCGCUCCCUGUCCUGCUCUUCCGGACUCGGGGCAGCAGCAGCAGCAGGAGCAGCAGGAGCAGGAGCAGCAGGAGCAGGAGCAGGAGCAGCAGCAGCAGCAGCAGCAGCAGCAGCAGCAGCAGCAGCAGCAGCAGCAGCAGCAGCAGCGGCGGCAGCGGCAGCAGGCCCUCACCGCAGACCUCGUCUGGGGUGACGACGGGGACGAUGAGGGUGACGGAGGAGAACACGACGGCCUUGGUUCCGCCGCUAGCGACCGGGCGCAAAAGGGCAAGAGGAAAAGGUGUCAAAUUUGUCCGCGCGCGAGGGACCGCAGAACAAACAACGUUUGCCAUCGGUGCGAGAGAUACAUCUGCCACAGACAUUUGCUCUUCUGCUGUUCAGACUGCGCCCCUCGCUCCUGAAGAUAAUUUGUUUGUUCAUUAGAAAAUGAAAUAAUAAUAAUAAUAAUAAUAAUAAUCAUAAUACUAAUAAUAUUCCGUGUGUUUUAUACUAUUGUUGAUGUUUUUGUUGUUGUCAGUGUAGUAACACUAUUUACAAACAAAGUGUAAUAUGUAAAAGAACAAUAAUUAA